AUGGAUAAUCUGUAUGCUGUGUAUUUUGGAUUUGGAUUAUUAUUUGGCUUAUAUUCAUCAUCAUUGGUUAGUCGAGUAUGGUGUAAAAUUGCUAUACCUCUACUUUGGGAAUUACCUUUUGGUCAAGAAUGUUGUACCGAUAAUAAGAAUAAAUUGAAAAAGAAAGCAUUAUGUAUUCGAACUUACAUAUCAUGUAUGGAUACUCAAGUUAGAACUUUACUUAUUCAGAAUGGAUUUGAUUUAUCAUCUGUUCAAAAACGGUUAGAAAUUUUAUCAAUUGGUUCUAAUUAUAAUCUAGAUUAUAAUUCAAUAUUUUCAGCGAUCAUUAGUCAAAAGGAAACAUUAAAGAGUCUUCGUUUAAGACAAGUGGAAUUUUUUCAUUUCGAAUGGAAUUCAUUACCAUUUGAUCAAUUUAUUUCACUUCAAGAACUUUAUAUCGAAGAUUGUUACGGAUUAUUUAAUUCGGAUUGUUUAUUCUUGGCAUCAUUAUUUACCCAAUUAAGUAGUUUUCAUUAUAAAUAUAAACGUGGAACGUAUCCUCAAGAAUUUAUUAUUAAAAUUUUUGAAACAGCCAAUACAAAUUUAAAAAAUAUUUAUCUAGAUUUACAUCCCACAAUUUCAUUCGAUACAGCAAUUUUAAAUUAUUGUACAAAUAUUACCAAAUUAACUUUACUAAAAUUAAGACCUGAACAGAUAAUAUCAAUAUUUAAUAGUGAUUUUAACGAAUUAAGAAGACUUUCAUUUGAUUGUCGAGGAGAAGGAUUUGAUGCUGAUGAAUUAUUAUACAAAAUGGCCGAAAAUGUACCAGAAUCACUUGAAACUAUUGAAAUUAGAAUGGAAAAAUUUAGUGUUGAUAGUCUAAGAAAAUUUAUGAAAGGUUGGAGUUGUAAAGAAAGAGGAGGAAAUAAAAAGAUUAUCGUAAAACGUAAAAAAGAAGCGAGACUAUGUGAUGAACAUUUUAAAGUUAUUGAAGAAUAUGGAGUUCAAUUUAAAGUAGAAUAA